AUGUCCUAUUAUUUGAAUCAAUUGGAAGGUUCCGAUGAUGAUGAAUAUUAUAGUGAAGAAGAAGAAGAAGAAUUUGAUGAUGAUGAUGAAAUAAUUCAUGAUCAAGAGGAAGAAGUCGAUGAAGAGGAAGAUAGUGAGGAAAGAGCUGCUGCUAUCGAACAACAAAAGGCUUCACUUUCUAUUCAAACACUUUCCAAUAAGAAACAACAAAACAAACAAAAGAACAAGAUUGCGAAGACAAACACUUCCAAAAAGAAAGAUCAACAACAGGAAAGCGUUGUCAUGUCCAUGACCGAAGAAGAAUUGGAAUAUUAUCAAAAUUUAAAGUUGUACGGAAUUUCUGGACCUAAAAACAUGAAUAAGAAGGAAAAUCAAGUGAUUGAAGAAAUCAAAUUUAAAUUGGAUGUUCUCCAAUCAUCGAAAAUGUUCUUUGAAAGUGUAAGACCAACCUCUCUGACAAUCAUUUCCGGAAAUCCAAAAUAUGAAGAACAAAAACGUUACAUUAUGGCUCAUCAAUAUGAGGCUAGAAAAGGAAAACACUAUAACAAUGAUGAUGCCAUGAUUGAAGGAGAAGUAGUUGCUCCUAAAUUCUUAUUCCAAGAUGUUAGUUCUUCAAAGAUUGGUGAAUAUGUUAGAAAUUUGAUGAAUAGAGUAGAUCACUUAUCUACACUUUCUCACGACGAAAGAUCAUUGUUUAUUUAUGGUGGAAGAACAGGCACCUUGCUUCACGAUGAUUUGAUUCGUUAUGAUUUUAUGACUGGUAAAAUGGUUGUUUUCAAGAAUUUGGGAUUUGUCAGUCAUUGUGAUGGUACUAGAGUACAAGUACCAUGCCCUUCUAUUUCUAAUAGUGAAAUGGUUUCAUGUGGAGGUAGAGUUUAUAUUUUUGGAGCUACUUAUGGUUUUCCAAAUAGUUUAGAUUCGGUUCUUACCAGAGCCCAUUUUGGAUAUUUUUGGGGUAAUAGACCUAAUACUGCAUGGACCAAUAAUGAAUUGGUUAUUUUGUGUAUGGAUGGAGUGAUUGGAUUCAAUAGUGGUCUUUUGGGUGUUGAUAUACCACGUGUUAAUACUACAGCUCUUACUGAAAGAUCACAUCCUGUAAGAAGUGCAACUUCUGAUAUUCCUCCAGCUCGUUCUCACUUCUCUAUGGUCAAGAUGGUAAAGGGCUCAAAUCUAGUUGAAGCAAUUAUCUUUGGUGGUAAGAAGAAUACUGUCUUGGAUGACAUGUACACUUUCACCUUCUCUGAUAGGGGACAAACCUAUGAAGUCAAACAAAUCAAAAAACCACCACCAUCCAAAAAGGAUGGUCUUGUUACUUGGCCAUGUGCAAGAUAUGGCCACACUGCUUGUCUCGUGAGUAAUUUAAUGUUCGUCUAUGGUGGAUGCAAUGUCAAAGGAAAAUUAUUGAACGAUUUGUACAUGUUUGAUAUUUCAACUCAAAAGUGGACUGAAAUUAUUUGUGAUUCAAUGUUACCUCCUCCACUCUUCAAAUCUCAAUCCUUCGCUGUAAACAACCAGUCCAUUUACAUUUAUGGAGGUCAAUCUACUCAAGAAAACAGCAAUAUUCCUCCUACCAUUUCUUCCAGUUUAUUUAGAUUUGAUAUUACUGACAAGAAGUGGAAUAUUAUUGAAAUUAUCACGGAAGAAGCAGAUGAUAUUCAAAAUAAUAAGGCUGUUCCAUGUGUUGGACAUCAAACUCAAAUUGUUCAUGGAAAAUUGUUGCGUAUUGGUGGAUUGGCAAAUAAUGUUGGUGAUCCAUUUGUAAAGCUUUUAAAUUUGAACGACCCUGGUAGACCAAUUCCACUCUGUUCCUAUCUCUCAAGUAAGAGAGCAGAUGGAUUUUUGUGUGAUGUUGUUUUCAGAGUCCGUGACGUUCUUGGUCAAGAAAUUGACUCACUCAGUUAUGUUCUUGCACAUAAGGCCAUCCUAAAGGCCAGAUGUUCCUCUCUCCACAAGAUGAUUCUUGCCAGUACUGAAACUAUGAGUACUACAAAGCUCUCCGGAACAUUUAAUGAUGAAAUGAGUGAAAUUACUCUUGUAGAUAUUGAACAAGUUGACACUGCAGUUUUUGAGCAAUAUCUCAACUUCCUCUACAGUGGUAGUUUGGAUUUAAAGUCUCUCAAUGAGGUUAAUUCAUUCCUUGAAUUUGCCAAGACAAUAUCACCAGAUAAUCAUUAUCCAGCUAUUGUAAAGAUUUGUACCGCGGAAGAACAAAAGGAUUUGGAAGUUACCAAGCUUGUUCUAUCUCAAAUUCACAAAGAUUUCUCCACUCUCAUCAAUGAUCAUUCAUACAGCGAUUUGAUUGUUGUUUUGGAUCAAGGUGAUGCUGUAGCUCAACAUGUCGGAGGACCAACAGAGGAAAUUUUCGAAGAGGAACCAUUUGAAAUUCCAGAAACUAGCUUUGAAACUAAUGAUGCUACUGCUGAAUUAGAACACGAAAUCAUGUCACCAUUGACUAGAAAUACUGUUCCAACAGGUGGUAUUGCAGUUCACAGAUUAAUCAUGUCAAGAUCUCCAUUCUUCUCAAGAAUGUUUGUUACUUCUGGUAUGAUGGAAUCAAAGGAAAGAGUUGUUCACUUGACCGAUUAUUCCACUGAAGUUAUGCUUGAAGUCUUGAGCUAUUUGUACACUGAUACUAUUAGACUUUCACCAAGAAAUUGUCUUGGUAUUUUAGUUUAUUGUAUCAUGUUGGAUUUGGUUGAUAUGGCUAGUGUUUGUAGAAGAAUGGUCGUUUCACUUUUGGAAGAUUCUAUUGUUUGGUCUGUUAUUGACAUUGCCAUGCUCUAUAAUGACAAGACUUUGGAAUCUGAAUGUGAACAUUACAUUUUAAAUAAUUUCGAAAAGCUUCGUGGUGCUGCUGGUUUCUUGAAUUUACCAGAACUGACCAGAAUUAAGAUUAAACAAUUAUAUGAAAAGAAAGCUGAAAAGAAAUCUAAGAAAUAA